UGCUUGAAUUAGCGUAGUAGUCUAUAUACAAAUACUAUUUAGAAGUGGCCAACAUCUCUUAGUUCCAGGAACAAUGUCUCUACAUUUUUACUUCACUAUCGUUUCAUAAGCAAAUAUGAAGUUUACCAAACCGAUUGUUUUCUCAGCUUUAUUGUCAUGUUGUGCUACAGCAUUCAUCAAUAGUACUACCUAUGGGAUACUUGAAGAGGAUACACAAUCCUAUGAAUUUGAAGGAAUGACAUAUAGUACAAUUGAUAUAACUUCCUAUGAUAAUGACACCAUUGUUUAUUCUUUUGCGGGCCGUGAAAUAAUUACAUUAGAUUAUAACAAUGAGAAAGCUCUUCUAAGCUCACCCUUUUGGAAAGAGGUUGUAAAGAAAAAGGAUCCAGAUAUUGCAAAUAAAUAUUACAUUUACUUGAAAAAGGAACAAGUUAUCCUUGCAUUUGCAGAUUCUGAACGUUUACCAGAUAAAGAAAAGAGAUUUCCAAGUAGAGGAAAUAAAGAAAGAAAAGUUGACUUAGUUGCUAUUAACACCGGUGCCCCCCACAAACUUAAAGCCAAGAGAAUUCCUAUUAGUCCAUGUGUUUCUUCGAAACAAUCUAGUUCUGGAGCUUCAUUUACCCAAUCUCAUAAUUGGUCCAAAUCACUCAGUCUUAGUUUUGGAAUCUCAGGUCAAGCCAAGAGUGAUUAUCUUUUUGUUUUUAACUUAUCAGCUGGUAUUCGGGGAGCAAUUUCUUUAUCUAGUACUGGAAGUAUAACCUGUACGGCUGGACCUGGAAAGACAGUUCAAGUAUUUGGUUCAAUUGGAUAUGUGACUUUCCCAAAUAUUGUUCAAAAAGAAGUAAGAUACGCUCACAAAUCACUUAACUUAAAAGAUGGAACUUGGAAGAAAAUUAAAGAUACUAAACCAACACUUGCCAAUUUUGGAGCUAUUUUAUUCGAUUUAGAAAAUCCACCUAGUUAUUCAUGUGUUGAUGAUCCUAAAUUGUUAAGAUGCGGUAGAGGUGAAUAUGUUAAUCAAAUGAAUGAUGAUCCAACAACUCCUUUAGAAAAAUUUCCAAACCAACUAGAAUAUUACUAGUAAUUCUUUUACUUUCUUUAUAUUUUGAUCAGUUUUAUUUUGUAUCAGAUGGGUA